AAACUUUUAACUUUCGACUAACUAUUUCAAAUUCUCAUCCCUUCCUCCCCAAGCAUACUUUCCUUCUCCCCAACUACACCAAAAUCAUUAUCAUGACUGCCGUGUCGCUUCUAGCGUUGCUGGCUUCUUCUAUUGCCGCUUUUGCUGCUUAUCGCCUAUAUCUAACCUACACACUGCGACUCGCGGUCCAACAGCAUGGAUGCCAGCCCCCAGCCCGUUAUAAGCACAAAGACCCCGUAUUUGGUUUGGAUAUCUUCCUGAGAACUGGAGAUGCUAUCUCCAAUAACCAAUUCUUGGUUGAGCACCAACGGCGAUACGAUACAUAUGGCCAUACGUUUGAAAGUCUGAACUUCGGUUCGCUUGGCAUAUCCUCUAUCCACCCAGAAAACCUACGGGCGGUCUUCUCUAAGAAUGCUGCAGAUUGGGGCGUUCAGCCUCUGAGACUACACAGUAUGAGCCCAUUCUGCGGCACGGGAUUCAUCACCACCGACGGCUCUGACUGGAAGCUCUCCCACGACCUACUCAAGCCCGGCUUCCACAGGUCUAAUAUUUCGGAUUUUGCUCCCCUUGAAGAGCACCUCCAGAUCCUCCUAGGACAGAUCCCAAAGGAUGGUUCUAAGUUUGAUUUACAGCCAUAUCUCUUAAGACUUUAUCUUGACUUAAAUACGCUCUUUCUGUUCGGAGAGCCUAUCGGAAUUCUUUCCGGCACGCCUCCACCGCAUGCAACAGGCUUUUUGGAUGCAUUUCAGGCUGGCUUCAAUGGCUGCGGAAUGCGCAUCGCCUUGGGGCCUCUAAGCUUCUUGAUGCCAAAGGGCUCCUGGCUCAAGGCAUGCGACAAGGUUCGCAAAUUCGCCGAUAUUUAUGUCGAUAGAGCUAUUGAGUACAAUAACAAAAUCAACUCGGCCGAAUACGGCCAAGACAAAGAAAAGCGACGCACCCUGCUUUUCACAAUGGCACAAGCGACGGCUGAUAGGACUGUUCUGCGGAACCAAAUAGUGCAAGCCAUGAUGGCAGCAACCGAAACAACCGCUUCUUUGAUUAGUCACGUUAUCCGGAACUUAGCCAGCAACCCUAUCAUAGCCACCCAAGUACGAGAUGAAGUUCUGGCCUUAGGUGACGAGCCACUGGAUUUCGACCAGUUACCGCGCAUCAAGUCCCUACAACAUGUUAUCACCGAAACUCUUCGUCUAUACCCUGUAUUUCCGCAGAUGAAUCGCGUUGCUCUAAAAGAUACAAUUUUACCUACAGGAGGGGGUUUGGAUGGCACUGAUCCAGUGUUCGCGCCAGCAGGCACUCUAUUCGAUACCUGCUUCGCUACUCUCCACCGCGAUCCGAAAGUUUGGGGUCCCAAUGCCGAUGAGUUUUGCCCCUCCCGCUGGGAAAAUGAGUACAGCCCUCCCCCAUUCACAUUCGUACCAUUUGGAGCUGGACCUCGACAGUGCUUAGGACAGCAGAAGGCGACUAUGGAGGCUUCGUAUAUAAUAUCACGGAUAUUGCAAGAAUUUAGCGCAAUCAAGAGCGAAGACGAGAAACCCUAUCAGGCACAGGUGGCUCUAACAGCAAAGAGCGCUCAUGGGUGCCUUGUAUCACUUACCCCAGCGACAAGAUAAAUUAGUACCUAUGGGGAGUAUCAAUACAGAGGUUUAUUUUAAGGUUCAUUUGAAAAGGCUGUCUCGGAUACUGUCAACGGGAUUCUCCACAAAUUAAGCACCUUGCAAGUAUCUCCACUCUGACUUUUCCACCCAUGUUCGAUUCCGCAUCCGAUUCCCGACGAUGAUCUUCUCGAUUAAACCAUUCCAAGUUAUUUUCUAUUCUCAUACUAGAGGCACCCUUACAGCCUUAUAACACCAGACUUGAUUGUAAGCCUAGAAGAUACCUAGGCAAGAUACACAGCGAUCUCAGAAUGUCCCUUGAUGGCACAUACACCUAAUGCAUCCCCAUUACUGUGGCCCACUCUACCGGUGAUAACUUCCUCAGAGCAACAGUUUUACAAACGAUUCCCCGAUUC